GCAUUGCGCUGACAGUACUUCCUGCCUGGGAUCUGUUUCUGGGCUUCGACGAUGCGCGCAAAGUCAUACAGGGCCGAUUGACGGUGAUCUCAAUGUACCCUUCAAGUGCAACGCGGUUUGUGAAUCAGCCUCGCGCUAUCAUCGAUGUGGAGAAUUUCGGGCAGGGCGAUAAGCGGGAGAUGGGCGUGAUCUCGGUGGUGAAUCCAGAAACAGGAGAUGACGCCGAAUCUGCGAGCACCGUGUACGUGGGCGACUUCUCGCAAGCGGCGAACGACUUUGAGAUGUCCUGCUACCCCUUUGACAUGAAGAGGGUUGGGCUUUCAAUCAGCAUCCAGAAGCCUGGCAAUUUGAUCUUCAGCAUCAUGCUUGGCUGCCCACAUGGAGACAGCGAGAGCCAAACCAUCAAUGGCGAGACCGUCAUCACCAAAUGCACUGUGCCGGUCCAGGCGUCCUACGUCGGCUUCGACUGGAAGGACUUUGUCUGCGAGCGGCUGGAUGAUGAACUCGUCCGCUGCACCAUGGAGGGCGUCAGGCAGUGGGCGCCACUCUUCAACUCGUACAUGUGGCCUUCGCUGAUGUUCAGUGCGAUGGGCUUCAUGGCCUUCACGUUGGACGUGAAGAUGUCUAUGCCGCGGGUGGCCACCACGAUGCUGGCGCUGGUGUCCGUCACCAACUUGCGGAACCGGCUGCUGAACUUGCUCCCCUCCGCCGGCGACAUCAGCUGGAUGGAGGAGUACUUCCUGGUGGGCAUGACCUUCAUGCUCCUGAACUUGGCGGGGCACGCCGUUUCCUUCUACUUGGAUUCCAUUGGCCAGAAGGAUUUGCAGAGACUGGUGAACAAGGUCAAUCUCUGGGGUAUGCUCAGCAUCAUGUGGCUGAUCAUCAUUUGUCGCCUUCAUGUGAGGCAAUGUGAGCUGGUAGAUGCCACCGCCACUGCGAUCCUGGUGGCUCUCUCUUCGCUUCUAGUGGCAGUGGUGUUCCUCGUCAUCGGCUGGCAUUAUCGCGAUGCCCUGCGGGACUUGUUCCCAAGAAGGAGGAUAGGAGUCUUCUCGCCGGAUGGAAAAGCGUCGGUCCUUCCCAUCCACAAGGGGGCAGAGGAGGAUUGAUAUCGGAGCUCCCAAGGAGCUGCCGACACCGGGGCGAACAUCUCGUCCUUGAGGUGGUUCUCCAAAUUCUUAAGCAGUAUAUAGGAGAAAGCACAAGGGACAUCAAGGGCUGGAUGAUUUCUCA